GCGGCGGCGGUUGGUGGCCAUGGCUACUGUGGUGAAGAAGAUCAUCAGCUCUGCUAAGGCGCCCGCUCCGCUGGGCCCCUACAGCCAGGCCGUGCUGGUCGACCGGACCAUGUACAUCGCAGGGCAGAUCGGUAUAGAACCUUCCAGCGGGCAGCUCGUCUCUGGGGGGACCAAGGAAGAAGCAAAGCAGGCCUUAAAAAACAUGGGAGAAAUCCUAAAAGCUGCAGGUUGUGACUAUUGCAAUGUUGUGAAGACUACUGUUUUGAUGGCUGACAUGAAAGACUUCAAUGAUAUUAAUGACAUUUACAGGCAAUUUUUCACUAAAAACUUCCCAGCCAGAGCUGCGUAUCAAGUUGCUGCUCUGCCGAAAGGUGCCCGAGUUGAGAUAGAAGCUGUUGCCAUUCAAGGAUCGAUCCAAGAUGCUUCAGCAUGACUAUGAAUAGACACUAACUGUCCUGCAAUGGCAAUUUUAGAUUCAGUGUUCUUCCUUUAGGUCCUGGUUCUAUGAUUGACCCUAGRCAGUUACAUACUUUUGACAUCACUACUCUUACCUAGGAAAGGGGCUUUGGGAGCUUACAUGCUCUAAAAUGCCAUCUGGGAAUUAGCUUUUUUGCAGGCAGACCCUGAAGUCUAUGGGAGUUUUGCUGAAAUUAGCUGAGCUAGUUGCUCAAAUCAGGGUAUGUCUGAACUUAUUGCAGGUAGGGGCCUUAUUUUGUGAUUGUGACUGGRUACUUGGAUAACGUACACAUUUUUUAGAUUAAUGUAUGACAGUUUCACUAAUGGUGAUGGGGACACRGAAAAUUCUAAUAACUAUUUUUGUAAUUAGUAGGAUUUAGUAACUAUUUUAAAUAAAAAUGAUAGAAAGAGGAAACAAUAGAAUGCUUGAUACUAGGACURAGAUACAUUUUCACUUCUCUGUUGUGGGGAAUUUUGCUGUAUUUGUUUCUAAGCCUUCUUGAACACCUUUUACAGAACAGAUUAAUGUUGGGACCCACUCACAUUUUGUUCAUGUGGAAGAGAUCACUUGAGAGAGUGAACACUCAUUUCAGAAGGAAGAAAAUUACACUUUCCUGAAGUAAUGUGCCAACAUUUAUAAAUCG